CCCUGCCCGGCCGCCGGACCCCGAGCCGCCCGACCCCGAGCCUCCCUGCCCGGCCGCCGGACCCCGAACCGCGGGACCCCGAGCCUCCCUGCCCGGCCGCCGGACCCCGAGCCGCCCGACCCCGAGCCGCGAGCCUUCGGGCGCCGAGCCAGCAAAGAGCCCCCUGAGCUGGCUCCAGGGCACAGGCCACCCACCCCACCGGACGGGCACAGAGGGGCAGGCCGCAGCAUGGCGGACGAGGCAUUAGCCGGGCUGGACGAGGGAGCCCUGCGGAAGCUGCUGGAGGCGACCGCGGACCUAGCGGAGCGGCGCCGCAUCCGAGCGGCCAUCCGGGAGCUGCAGCGCCAGGAGCUGGAGCGCGAGGAGGAGACGCUGGCGUCCAAGCGCUUCCGGGCAGAGCGGCAGGACAACAAGGAGAACUGGCUGCACUCUCAGCAGCGGGAGGCCGAGCUGCGGGCCGCCCUGGCCCUGCUGGCGAAGCGGCUGGAGUCCAUGAGUGACGUGGAGGAGCUGACGGUGCUGCUGCGGAGCGCGGGGGAGUACGAGGAGCGCAAGCUGAUCCGAGCUGCCAUCCGCCGUGUGCGGGCUAAGGAGCUGGAGGUUGCUGCCACCUUGGCGGGGAGGCUGUGCGGUGGGCGCGCUGACGGGGGCUCUGCAGAGGACGGCCCUAGUCGGACGGCACCCAGGCUGGAGCGGCGACAGCAGGUGCUACAGUCAGAGGAGCAGGAGCAGCCGCCAACAGCGGCUCCAGAGCCAGCCCCGAGUGCCCAGGCUGCCAGCCAGGGGGUGACCACAGUGACACUCCUGCUGCAGGCCCCUCCUGGAGGCUCGCCCAGCCCCCAGGCCUCACCCACCGCCUCUCCUGAGCCCCCUCCUGGGUCACCACCACCCCUCACCCCCGAGACUCCAGGCAGCCCUGAGCCCUGUUCCAACCUGCCCGGCACCCCCAGUCCUGAGCCCCGAGUGCUGCCAGCACCCCCCAGUGCAGAGGGGCAGACGGCCCACAAGCUCCCACCUGGCCCCGAAGAGCCCCCUGCACCCCAGGGCCCCACCAGGACUCCAUCCCACCCAAAGCACACAGAGCCCACCCCCGGCUCCCGCGGACCUGCCCCACUGCAGCUGACGGGCUCCGUGCAGGACCGCGUGCGCAAGCUGUCGGUGGACUCGCCCAGGUCGGUGGGGCUCCGCAGCAGCUCUGCCCGGACAGCCCCCGGCCCCUCCCCAGCGGGUGCCGCGGCUUCUGCAUCCAGCCGCUCCUCCUCGCGGGAUACGUCUGCCCAGCCCAGCAGGGAGAAGCCAGGCACAGCCCGGCCCCUGGCCCAACUUCAGAGCAGCCCCCAGGAGGAGGGCCCCCGGGGGCGGGGCUUGGCCGCCGUGUCCCUAGAAAAUGGAGCAGGGGGGCCAGUGGCCCGCACAGAGACGCCCGGUGUCCUGCCGUCCGCCACUGUGGGCAGCGCUGAGCCCAGGGACGGCAUGAAGACCACCGUCACCAUCGAGAUCAAGAGCGGCCGCGGCCAGGCCUCCCCGGGCCGCGUGCUGCUGCCCACCAGCAAUCAGAGGGCAGAGCUGACACUGGGGCUGCGGGCGCCCCCCAGCCUCCUCAGCACCAGCAGCGCGAGCAGAGGCACCGUCACCCACGUCACCCCGGGGCCCCCGAGCCGGCCAGCCAACGCCACUCACUUCACCAGCUUGGGCCAAAGGGGCCGCAGUGCCAAGGUGGAGCCGGAGCCCACAGAGCCCUCCUCAGCAGCCAUGCAAGGGCCCGGGGACCCCAAACAGACACUGGGGGACAGAGCCCCAGAGGGACGGGGCCCGCUGAGCGCCGAGCAGCUGACUGCCAUCGAGGACGAGGAGGUCUUGGACAAGAUGCUGGACCAGGCCACCGACUUUGAGGAGCGGAAGCUCAUCAGGGCGGCGUUGCGAGAGCUCCGGCAGCGGAAGAGAGACCAGCGGGACAAGGAGCGUGAGCGGCGGCUGCAAGAGGCCCGGGCCCAGCCAGGGGUCGGCCGUGGCAGCAACACGGCUACUGAGACCACCACACGGCACAGCCAGCGGACGCCGGACGGCUCCGUCAGGACUGUCACCAAGACCGAGAGGCUUGUCCACUCCAGUGACGGCACCCGCACGGCCCGCACCACCACCGUGGAGUCCAGCUUCGUGAAGCGCGCGGAGAAUGGCGGUGGCAGCACCAUGGUGCAGACCAAGACCUUCUCCUCCUCCUCCUCCAAGAAGAUGGGCAGUGUCUUUGACCGGGAAGACGAGACCAGCCCUCGGCCCGGCAGCCUGGCAGCACUGGAGAAACGUCAGGCAGAGAAAAAGAAGGAGCUGAUGAAGGCUCAGAGCCUGCCCAAGACCUCGGCCUCCCAGGCGCGAAAGGCCAUGAUCGAGAAGCUGGAGAAGGAAGCCCCAGCAAGCCCCGGGAGCCCCCGCACCACGGUGCAGCGCUCCACAAGCUUUGGGGUACCCAACGCCAACAGCAUCAAGCAGAUGUUGCUGGACUGGUGCCGUGCCAAGACUCGGGGCUACGAGCACGUGGACAUCCAGAACUUCUCCUCGAGCUGGAGCGAUGGCAUGGCCUUCUGUGCUCUGGUGCACAACUUCUUCCCGGAGGCCUUCGACUACGGGCAGCUCAGCCCACAGAACCGGCGCCAGAACUUCGAGGUGGCCUUCUCCUCCGCUGAGACCCAUGCGGACUGCCCGCAGCUCCUGGACACAGAGGACAUGGUGCGGCUGAGAGAGCCCGACUGGAAGUGCGUGUACACGUACAUCCAGGAGUUGUACCGCUGCCUGGUUCAGAAGGGGCUGGUAAAAACCAAAAAGUCCUAACCCCUGCUCACUCGCUCGCUCGCUCGCGGCCCCACGGAUGCUGGUGGACUGCGUGCCCCUCGUAGAGGUGGAGGACAUGAUGAUCAUGGGCAAGAAGCCGGACCCCAAGUGCGUGUUCACCUACGUGCAGUCACUCUACAACCACCUGCGGCGCCACGAGCUGCGUCUGCGCGGCAAGAACGUCUAGGCGCCGCCCCGCCACGCCCUCACCCGCCCGCCUUCAUCACGCAGCGAUUUUGAUAAAUUAUUGCUUUUCAACGA